CCGUGAGCUGCUGUUCCUCGCCGCCCGCCACUGUAUGGCCGUUUAAAAUCGCUAAUUUGCUAUGCCUAUGGCGAGUGACAAUAGCGCAAAUUACAUUUACAUCUAAUGAUCUUCACCGGAGACCUUCCGCAUACUCUGAAAUCGUUGUUGCAACGGGAGAAAGGGAGACCGACAGUGAAGAAAGCGAGUCUGAAAUAUUCCUGUUAAUUUACAAGCAUUUUCAAAAUGUAAUUGAAAUAUUAUAGAGUAUUUUGAUUCAAACCUCCACGAUCCUACGAAAGACGCGAAUGAGUGGGAUACGUAUACAUUUCAACAGGCAUUGGUACAUACAUGUUUGUACUUGCACAAUUGCUUUACAUAGAACUCGAAGUGAUGUGACUACAACCCGCCGUCAGAAACACCGAAAGGACGCUGAAGAAAACAAGGCAAGAAAAAAGCAUUAAUACAGAAGAGUUUUUCUCUUGAUAUCUCCUAAAGGAUUCUUCUGACAGCUUUACGCGAGGAAGUGCAAACUGUACAGUUUUUGCCUUUGGAUUAUUGAACUAACUAACUAAAUAUUGGCACGCGACAGCACUUGUUCAUCUACAGGAACAUUAGCGAAGUGAAGAAGACAUUAGUAGCCUAUUUCUACAUGCUUUUGAGCCAGUUAUAAUUAGAUGAGUUGUUCAUUUGGUUCAGAACAAAAGCGAUGUUGUGGAGAAAUUAAAAGCAUCCUUCGCAAUUGGAAGGAAUAUGCAUUCAUUCUAUCCAAGAUCUAAAUAAUUUAUGCGUCUCCAAAUUUGCCCAGAAAACUAUAUAAUGAUUAUUUUCCCCUAGGGAGACGACAGUAGCCUUCUUUGCGACUUUUUGUAACAUUUUUGCGUUAACAAAUGACCUUUUUAAUAGUUGAUAUGAAGAAUAUGCAUCCAAGUGGCACAGAAUAGCGAAGAUCAAUACAGACUAUACCAUGGGGUUUACUACCCACAUAUCUUCUUUUUUGGGAGGGUGAAUUUGUUUAUGACAACUUGUAGCAUACAAAUCACUUACAUGUAUACAUGAAUUAACAAUUUUUUUCUAUAUGCAGCACUUAAAUGGGUAAAAAAUAACGUUAAAAUGCGGAUUUCAAAGCCGCCGGAGACUCACUCGCAGACACGCGCAACUAAGGAGUUGCCAAGGCUACGGAGCUCCACGGCCCGGCAGAGCUGAUUUUUAACGCAUAUAUUUUAAGUUGAAAACGCAUCAGUUUAUACGUAUUAUGUAACACAUUUAUCUUUACUUCUCUUUAAAAUCUGCCUCUGAUGGAUGCCUUUUACUUGGAUUUCAUGACUUAUUCUUGAGCGGAUACAGACAUUUUCCUUAUCUUUUCAAGAAAACCGCAUCCUGAAACUCGGCUCUCCCAUCAGUGUUUCGCGUCGCACCUUUCUUGGAUGUCAGGCAAGAUUUCUGUGUUGCCAUGACGAGCGAGGAGUGUCCCGGAGGGCUGGCCAUGGCUCACGUCGGGGCGGGGCUAUGCGAGGACUACGGCCCCGCCCAGGGGGAAGAGGCCAUCGAGGAGGCGGGGCCUACCGAUGACAUCAGCAGCGACCUGAGUAACCUGGUGGUGCCCUUCCCUGAGCUGGCCCCCAUCGUCUUCUUCUGCCUCAAACAGACCACCUACCCCCGGAACUGGUGCAUCCGCAUGGUUUCCAGCCCGUGGUUCGAGCGCGUCAGCAUGAUGGUGAUCCUGCUCAACUGCGUGACCCUGGGCAUGUACCAGCCCUGUGAGAACAUCGACUGCUCCUCCGACCGCUGCCAGAUCUUACAGGCAUUUGAUGCUUUCAUAUACAUCUUCUUUGCACUGGAGAUGGUGGUUAAGAUGUUGGCUUUGGGCAUCUUUGGCCAGCGCUGCUACAUGGGAGACACCUGGAACCGGCUGGACUUCUUCAUUGUCAUGGCAGGGAUGGUGGAGUACUCGCUGGAUCUGCAGAACAUCAACCUGUCUGCCAUCAGGACGGUCCGGGUCCUUCGACCACUGAAAGCAAUCAACAGAGUGCCAAGUAUGCGGAUCCUGGUGAAUCUCCUCUUGGAUACCCUCCCCAUGCUGGGAAACGUCCUCCUGCUCUGCUUCUUCGUCUUCUUCAUCUUCGGCAUCAUCGGCGUGCAGCUGUGGGCGGGGCUUCUGCGAAACCGCUGCUUCCCAGAGGAGAACUUCACUCUCUCCACGGGCAUCGCUCUUCCCAGGCCCUACUACCAGCCCGACGAGAACGACGAGCGCCCCUUCAUCUGCUCCCUGGCGGCCGACAACGGCAUCAUGUCCUGCCGGGACGUCCCGACGCGGCGGGAGGAGGGCCGCGAGUGCUGCCUGGACAAGGACGACUUCCUGCACCGGCAGGCGCUGGGCCUGAGCCCCGAGCCGCUGGUCAACGGCAGCCUGAGCGCGGCGGGCCUCUGCAUCAACUGGAACCAGUACUACACCCGCUGCUACACGGGCCACACCAACCCGCACAAGGGCGCCAUCAACUUCGACAACAUCGGCUACGCCUGGAUCGUCAUCUUCCAGGUGAUCACGCUGGAGGGCUGGGUGGAGAUCAUGUACUACGUGAUGGACGCUCACUCCUUCUACAACUUCCUCUACUUCAUCCUGCUCAUAAUCGUGGGCUCCUUCUUCAUGAUCAACCUGUGCCUGGUGGUGAUCGCCACGCAGUUCUCGGAGACCAAGCAGCGGGAGCACCAGCUGAUGCAGGAGCAGCGGGCGCAGUGCCUGUCCUCCAGCACGCUGGCCAGCAUGGCCGAGCCGGGCGACUGCUACGAGGAGAUCUUCCAGUACGUGUGCCACGUGCUGCGCAAGGCCCGCCGCCGCUCCGCCGCCCUCCUCCGCGCCCUGCGCGGCCGCCCCCCACCAGCGGGGGGCGCCAGAGCCAACGCACACAAGGCCGGGAAGAGGGGGAGCUUCGGCGCGGGGGACAGACGCCAUCGACACCACCACUCAUCACACUGUCCACACCACAGCAAACCUGACCACACUUCUGUGGGAAACCCCAUUGACCUCUCGGUCCCUCCAGACUCUGACGGGUGUCCGCAGUGCACUGCAGCCCUGUCACUCAGGGACGGGGCGGGACCUGCGGGCUCAUCAACCAAUGAGGAGGCAGAGGAGGGCGCCGUGGAAGAGACGGACGGGCAAGGCAGCCAGGCGGGGGAGGCGAGGGAGGACGCCGCGGAGGGCAAAGCCGAGAAGAGGGCGGGGCCGUGCGGUGGACGUUGCAAAGCACUCUGGGACAAGAUGCGAAUCAAGCUGUGGGGCAUCGUGGAAAGCAAGUACUUCAACAGAGGAAUAAUGAUAGCCAUCCUCAUCAACACUAUCAGCAUGGGAAUCGAGCACCACGAACAGCCAGAGGAGCUGACUAACGUUCUGGAGAUCUGCAACAUCGUGUUCACCAGCAUGUUCGCACUGGAGAUGAUCCUGAAACUCACCGCCUUUGGCUGCUUCUGCUACCUGCGCAACCCCUACAACAUCUUUGACGGCAUCAUCGUCAUCAUCAGUGUGUGUGAGAUCGUCGGCCAGUCUGACGGGGGCCUGUCGGUGCUCAGAACGUUCCGGCUGCUGCGCGUGCUGAAGCUGGUGCGCUUCAUGCCGGCUCUGCGCAGGCAGCUGGUGGUGCUGAUGAAGACCAUGGACAACGUGGCCACCUUCUGCAUGCUCCUCAUGCUCUUCAUCUUCAUCUUCAGCAUCCUGGGAAUGCACAUCUUUGGGUGCAAGUUCAGCCUGAAGACGGACACGGGGGACACCGUCCCGGACAGGAAGAACUUUGACUCUCUGCUGUGGGCCAUCGUCACUGUGUUCCAGAUCCUAACCCAGGAGGACUGGAACGUGGUGUUGUAUAACGGCAUGGCCUCCACCUCUCCGUUGGCUGCCCUGUACUUUGUGGCCCUCAUGACAUUCGGGAACUACGUCCUGUUCAACCUGCUGGUGGCCAUCUUGGUGGAGGGGUUCCAGGCCGAGGGGGAUGCCAAUCGGUCGUACUCCGAGGAUGACAGGUCCUCCUCCAACUUUGACGAGAGCGAGAAGCACAAAGACUCUCUUCAGCUCUCAGAUCCCAAGAUUUGCACCCUGACCCCAAACGGGCACCUGGACCUGGGGCCGAUUCCUCCCGGCAGGGGGGGCUACCCGGUGGACCGGCUAGCCCUGGCGCUGGGCUCCCGCAAAAGCAGCGUGAUGUCACUGGGCAAGGCCAACCUGGAGCAGCGGUCCCUGCGCCCCGGCUGCAGUUCCAUCUACCACAACUGGGGGCGCCCUCCUACUCAGUCCGUGUGGAACCGGAGGUCCAGCUGGAACAGCCAGCGCAGGAUGUCCCGGGGUCUGGGGAUGAGCGUGGGAGGGGGCAGCCUGCGGGCCCGCCACCCCCACUCCAACGCGGCCGAGCACGAGUCCCUCCUCUCCCCUCCGCCUCUGCUGCCCCCGCCCUUACUGUCCCGCCGCCUCCCGCCCCACCGGGACCGCAGGGCCCUCUCCCUGGAGCUCCCAGACCCGCCGCCGGCCCCCGGCCCCCCAAACCUGCCCCCGCCACCGCUGCCCCGUGAGAAGGGCCUCUCCGGGGGCCCGGGGGGCCCGGGGGGGCCAGGGGGGGUCGGCGAGCACCACGACUGCAACGGGAGGACGCACACCCCCCAGCCCCCGCUCCUGGCGGAGGUCUUCCCCCAGCUGAACACCAAGGAGAGAGCCCGGCUGGAGGAGGAGAUGGACUACAGUCUCUGCUUUCGGAUCCAGAAGAUGAUCGAGGUGUACCGGCCCGAAUGCUGCGAGGCGCGGGAGGACUGGUCCGUCUAUCUCUUCUCCCCCCAGAACAAGUUCAGGCUGCUCUGCCAGAACAUCAUCGCGCACAAGCUGUUCGACUACGUGGUGCUGGUCUUCAUCUUCCUCAACUGCAUCACCGUGGCCCUGGAGAGACCGAAGAUCCACCAGGGAAGCCUGGAAAGACUCCUCCUCACCAUCUCCAACUACAUCUUCACCACCAUCUUUGUUGCUGAGAUGACUUUAAAGGUGGUGUCCAUGGGUCUGUAUCUGGGAGAUAAGGCCUAUUUGCGCAGCAGUUGGAACAUUCUGGAUGGUUUCCUGGUCUUCGUGUCCCUGAUUGAUAUCGUGGUGUCCAUGGCGGGCGGGGCCAAAAUCCUCGGGGUGCUGCGAGUGCUCAGGCUGCUUCGGACACUGCGCCCCCUAAGGGUGAUCAGUCGAGCCCCCGGCCUAAAGUUAGUGGUGGAGACCCUAAUCACUUCCCUCAAACCCAUUGGCAACAUUGUCCUCAUCUGCUGUGCUUUCUUCAUCAUUUUUGGCAUUCUAGGCGUCCAGCUAUUCAAAGGCAAGUUCUUCUACUGCUCGGGCCCUGAUGUGAAGAACAUCACUAACAAGUCGGACUGUCUCUCAGCCAAUUACAAGUGGGUCCACCACAAGUAUAACUUUGACAAUCUGGGACAGGCACUGAUGUCCCUCUUUGUGCUGGCUUCCAAAGAUGGCUGGGUCAACAUCAUGUAUCACGGCCUAGACGCAGUAGGCAUCGACCAGCAGCCCGUCAUUAACAACAGCCCCUGGAUGCUGCUCUACUUCAUCUCCUUCCUGCUGAUCGUCAGCUUCUUCGUGCUCAACAUGUUCGUGGGCGUGGUGGUGGAGAACUUCCACAAGUGCCGGCAGCACCAGGAGGUGGAGGAGGCCAAGCGCCGGGAGGAGAAGAGGCUUCGGCGGAUGGAGAAGAAGAGAAGGAAGGCUCAGAAGCUGCCGUAUUAUUCUGGGUACAGUCACGCGAGGCUGAUGGUCCACUCCCUCUGCACCAGCCACUACCUGGACCUCUUCAUCACCUUCAUCAUCUGCGUCAACGUGGUCACCAUGUCCCUGGAGCACUACAGCCAGCCGCAAUCCCUGGAGACAGCUCUGAAGUACUGCAAUUACUUCUUCACCACCACCUUCGUGCUGGAAGCUGUUCUGAAGCUCAUCGCCUUCGGCUUCCGCCGCUUCUUCAAAGACAGGUGGAACCAGCUGGACCUGGCCAUUGUGCUGCUGUCGGUGAUGGGCAUCACCCUGGAGGAGAUCGAGAUUAACGCCUCGCUGCCCAUCAACCCCACCAUCAUCCGCAUCAUGAGAGUCCUGCGUAUCGCACGGGUGCUGAAGCUGUUGAAGAUGGCCACAGGGAUGCGUGCUCUGUUGGACACAGUGGUUCAGGCUCUGCCACAGGUGGGGAACCUGGGCCUGCUCUUCAUGCUGCUGUUCUUCAUCUACGCGGCGCUCGGGGUCGAGCUCUUCGGAGAACUGGUGUGCAAUGAGGAUUACCCGUGCGAGGGGAUGAGUCGCCACGCUACCUUCGAGAACUUCGGCAUGGCCUUCCUCACGCUCUUCCAGGUCUCCACGGGAGACAACUGGAACGGGAUCAUGAAGGACACGCUGCGUGAAUGCCAGGUGGGCGAGCACACGUGCAACCCCAGCCUGCAGUUCAUCUCGCCGCUCUACUUCGUGAGCUUCGUGCUGACGGCGCAGUUCGUGCUCAUCAACGUGGUGGUGGCCGUGCUGAUGAAGCACCUGGACGACUCCAACAAGGAGGCGCAGGAGGACGCCGAGAUGGACGCCGAGAUCGAGCUGGAGCUGGCGCAGGGCGGCCUCUGCUGCAUGGGGGGGCUCGGAGGGGGCGGGGCCGCGGCCGGGGCCGGGGCCGGAGCCGGGGCGGGAGGGGGCGACAAAGGAGGGGGUGACGGAGCGAACUGGCAGAGCGCAGGUACCGGUGCCAACGCCAACCCCGUCGGCACCACCCCCCACAGAUGCUCACAUGAACCGCACGACCCCCGAAGGCUCUACUCUCCAGCCCAGGAGAACUUGUGGCUGGACAGCGUCUCCCUGCUCAUCAGAGACUCCUUUGAGGGUGAGAUGCUGAUGAUUGACAACCUGUCUGGCUCCGUGUUCCACCACUACUCCUCUCCUCCGGCCUGCAAGGACUGCUGCCGGCACCACCCACAGCAGAUCCAGCUGGCUGAGAUAGAGCAGGCGUCUCUGAUGUCAGAGCAGCUCUCGGACAAGUCCUCGUCGCUGGCGCUCCCCGAUGACCUCAGCUUGGACGACCACAGCGUGUACCAGCUCCUGGUGAGAGACAGCAAGGAGGGGAGGAGCAGCAGCAACUCCCACAGCUCUGAGGAGCUGGGGGGAGGAGGUGCAGUAUCUCCAUCCUUUGGCCCCAGAGCUGAGGAGGGGGGAGGUCUGUUUGAGCUCCAGGCCCCACACCUCACACCGUCCCACAGCACAGAUGGCGCUCUCUUCAGCAGUGGCUGCUGCGGAGGCGGGGCUGGGUCCUCCCCUCUCUUUCACCUCCCUGCGGAGUUCUUCCACCCUGCUGCCGCCGCCCAUCCGAGCAGCCCUGGUCUGGCGGGCGUGCCCAGGGGCCGAGCUCCCAAGCUGGCCUCCCCUGCCUCCUGGGCCUCCCUCAGGUCCCCAGGGGCCCACAGCAGGGAGCUGGGCCAGCAGCUCCCGUCCCACAGUGACUCCUCCCUGGCCACAGGGAGCUCGGAUGGCAGCCUGCAGACCACCCUGGAGGAGGGCCUGUGCUUCAGCGUAUCGCCCCCUAGAGACCUUCACCUGCCGCUGCCUCUGCUCUGCCCCAUCCCGGCUGACUCCGGCUGCCCGCCGGGAGAGACCCUAAGACCCCUUACGCACCCGUUGGCCGAGCCCCCGGCCGCGUUUAACCUCCAGGCCACCAGGGGGCACCAGAGGAGUCAGAGCAGCUGUGGAGGCAGCACCAGCCCUGGCUGCAACAGGCAGGAUUCUAUGGACCCCUCCGACGAGGACCUGGGGAUCGGAAUCGGAGGAGGCGGGUCCAGCCAAGCCUGCAACAGCGAACACUUAUCGGAGACUCUGAGCAGCCUGUCGCUGACCUCGCUGCUCUCCCCGAGCUCGCUGGGACACCCGCUGGUGAAAAAGUGCAACAGCACCGGCAGCCUGGAGCAGAGGAGCGCGCCGGCGCGGGGGAAAGAGGGCCGGCGGCUCUACGGGAUGGACCCCCGGGGUUACCUCUCGAACCCUUGGACUGCGGAGAGGAGGGACAGGGAAGGGGAGGCGGGGGUCAGCCUCGGGGUGAAGAGCACCAGUCAGACCACAGUCAUGAGCUCCAGGAAAAACAGAUGAAAGCUUCUGUAGUCGCUCCCCGCCAGGGGAGCCCCGCCCUCGCUAGCCGAACCGCUAACUCACACGCGUUCUGUGAACUGCUCCCUCUCUUUUGUUCGUGAAGCGUCUCUGUGUUGUACUUCCCCUCGAACGGUGGAACGGGAGAGCUCCUGGUUUCAGGGAGAGAGAGACAGGCGGCUGCUUCCUUCGGAGUCAGCUCAGGCAGGGAGGCACAGCCUGUUCAAAAAAGAAAGGGGGCUAAUGAACGAAAUGCAGGGGAAAGAAGUGUUGAAAACCCUCGUCGGACAUUCGGUGGUGUUGAUUAGCAUGAUUUUAAUGACUAGAUUAAAGCAGACAAGCAAAAAUAUUUAAACGGGGCCAAUGUAAGGUAUGAAGUCAGUGGUAACUAGAUAAAACACCAGUGUUUCUUUGAGCAGGCCUUUGAAUGGAAUGUGCAUCUGUGAUUGUAAAACAGGUGGUAAUUUGGCAGAAAUGUUUGUGUUAGGGAUUUGACAGGAAGAGAGAGCCGCUAAUGAUAUUAAAUGAAAUGAAGAGAAAGGACUGUGAUGACCUGACCUUUAGACCAAACAGUCUCUCUCUGAGAAAGAAAAUUGAGCUUUCAUGAAUAAUUUGUGUUCAGAAUAUGCCACAGCCCAAGUGUGUGUGUGUGUGUGUGUGUGUUUGCAUGUGCGUGCGUGUGUUGUUGUGCCUGUAUGUGUGUGUGUGUGUGUGUGUGUGUAUGUAUGCGUGUGUGUGCAUUUGUGUGUGUGUGU